AUGGCAACCAUCACAUCUUCGUCUGCAGGGCUCUCGCUCUCUGCAGAGCGACCCAAGAACAUCGAGACUCAGCACGAAGACAUGGUCCACGAUGCCCAGCUCGACUUCUACGGCAAACGUCUCGCCACCUGCUCCUCUGACCGCACCGUCAAGGUGUUCGACAUUGUCAACGGUACUCCUUCCACCAACGCAGAGACUCUGCACGGUCACCAGGGCCCUGUCUGGCAGGUUGCCUGGGCUCACCCCACUUUUGGCGAUAUCCUUGCCAGCUGCUCGUAUGAUGGGAAAGUCAUCAUCUGGAAGGACAACGGCGCUGGCGCUGCAAGCGCUGCUUCGGGCCCAUACGGCUCGCAGUCCGGCUACGGCGCUCCCACCUCGACCGCCGGUGGCUGGACAAAGAUCAAGGAGCACACCCUGCACACUGCCUCCGUCAACUCGAUCUCUUGGGCUCCGCACGAACUCGGCUCGAUUCUUGCCUGUGCCUCGUCGGAUGGCAACGUAUCGGUGCUCACUUUCAACAACGACGGCACCUGGGCUGUGGACCUGGUAGCCGCGCAUCCCGUCGGCUGCAAUGCUGUCUCGUGGGCUCCCGCUGUAGUGCCAGGCUCGCUGAUCUCGGCGCAGUCCACCGGUGCCAACGCUGCCGCCACCAACGGAGAGGCCAAGCUGGUCAAGCGCUUCGCAUCGGCGGGUUGCGACAACACGGUCAAGAUCUGGCAGUUCAGCGAGGAGGCCAACCGCUUUGUCGAGGCAGAAUCGCUUCAAGGCCAUUCGGACUGGGUGCGCGACGUCGCAUUUGCUCCCAACGUCGGGCUGCCGCGCAGCUAUCUCGCCACCGCAUCGCAGGACCGCACUGUCUUGAUCUGGACGCAGGACUCGCCCACAGCAGCAUGGUCCAAGACCGCUUUGACACCACCAUCGUCGUCGGCUGGUGCUGCUGCUGCAAGCACCAACAAGUUCCCGGACACCGUUUGGAGGGUGAGCUGGAGUGUCAGCGGUAACGUUCUCGCGGUCAGCUGCGGCGACGGCAAGAUCACAUUGUGGAAAGAGAACCUCAAAGGCACUUGGGAGUGCGUCAGCGAGAUGGACUCGUAA